UCGAUGGGGCCGGCCGCUCUGCUCUCGGCUCCUCUGUCCUGCCUCUCGGCUCUGGAUUAGCGACACUGGCGACAUGGGACAUCCGUCGGCUCGGCUCGGCCCCUGCGCCCUGCCUCGCCCGCCGAGGUAAAGCCGGGACUGGGAGCCGACCGCGCCGCAGUGCAGCGGAGCUCGGGGAGCCAGCUGCAACAUCACGGCGGGCCAGACACAGAGGGCCACGGCACUCUCCUGCACAGCCCCACCGGCGUGGUGAGGUGAAGGGCGGCAGCGGGGAGCCCCCGGAGGGCGGUUGGGCAGUGGGGCCAUGGCGCUGCGGGCCCGGGCGCUGUACGACUUCAGAUCGGAGAACCCGGGGGAAAUCUCGCUGAGGGAGCAUGAGGUGCUGAGCCUCUGCAGUGAGCAGGACAUCGAGGGUUGGCUGGAGGGUAUCAACGGCCACGGCGAACGAGGUCUCUUCCCGGCCUCCUACGUGCAGGUGCUCCGAGCCGCCGAGACGCCGCCGCCCGCCCGCUACGCCUACCUGCCUGCCGGCGGUUUCGACUGUUUGCUGCCCUCCGCCGCCUUCAAGCCGGCGACACUAGAGGCCCCGCCGGCGGCGACGCCUAAGCCCUUCUCGCUUCCCCCCGCCGCCUCCGGGUACCCUUCCCUGCCGCCACCCUACGGCGGCUCCUACCAGCUCAGCCAGGUCAGCGAUGACGACUGGGACGAUGACUGGGACGAAAGCUCCACGGUGGCCCAUGAGCCAGGCUCCCAGAGCAGCUCCUACCCCGUCUACGAGGCAACGGGCAGAUGGGCCUCUGGCCGCUACCACCUGUCCAUGCAGUCUGAGAUGUCCCUGAGCUCCCGCAGUGGCCACCUGGCAGGCCACCUCCACCUGCCCAGCAGCAGCACCAAGAGUUUGGCCACGGUAAGCCACAACCUCAACCGCUUCUCAACCUUUGUCAAGUCUGGUGGGGAGGCCUUCGUGCUGGGUGAAGUAUCAGGCUUUGUGAAGGAUGGGGACAAACUCUGCGUGGUGCUGGGCCCCCGGGGCCCUGAGUGGCAGGAGAACCCCUACCCCUUCCAGUGCUCCAUUGAGGACCCCACCAAACAGACUAAAUUCAAGGGCAUGAAGAGUUACAUCGCCUGCAAGCUGGUGCCCAGCUACACUGGGCAGCAGGUGCACCGCCGCUACAAGCACUUUGACUGGCUCUAUGGGCGCCUGUCUGAGAAGUUCCCUGUCAUCUCUGUGCCCCACUUGCCAGAGAAGCAGGCCACUGGCCGCUUUGAGGAGGACUUCAUCUCCAAACAUCGCAAAGGCCUGGCCUGGUGGAUGGACCACAUGUGCGGCCACCCCGUGCUGGCUCAGUGUGAUGCCUUCCAGCACUUCCUCACCUGUCCCAGUACAGAUGAAAAGACCUGGAAACAAGGCAAGCGCAAGGCUGAGAAGGAUGAGAUGGUGGGUGCCGACUUUUUCCUGACCAUCAGUGUCUCUGCUGGCUCUGGGGCUGGCCUGGACUUGCAUGAGGUAGAAAGUCAGGUGGAUGGCUUCAAAGCUUUCAUGAAGAAGAUGGAUGAAAGUGCACUGCAGCUUAGUCACACAGCCAAUGAAUUUGCUCGCAAACAAGUCACUGGUUUCAGGAAGGAAUACCAGAAGGUGGGACACUCCUUUAAGUCUCUCAGUCAGGCAUUUGAGCUGGACCAGCAGGCCUUUUCUGCUGGCCUCAACCAAGCCAUAGCCUUCACUGCAGAAGCCUAUGAUGCCAUUGGGGACCUCUUUGCAGAUCAGCCUCGGCAGGACCUUGAUGCUGUGAUGGAUUUGUUAGCACUGUAUCAGGGGCAUUUGGCCAGCUUUCCAGAUAUCAUCCAUGUCCAGAAAGGAGCCCUUACCAAAGUAAAGGAGAGUAAGCGACAUGUGGAAGAGGGGAAGAUGGAACUCCCAAAAGCUGAGGGCAUUCAAGAACACUGUAACAUUAUUUCUUUUGCAACCCUAGCAGAAAUUAAUCAUUUCCACAAAAUUCAUGUGAGGGACUUUAAAUUACAGAUGCAGCAUUUCUUGCAACAGCAAAUACUCUUCUUUCAAAAAGUGACACAAAAACUAGAGGAAGCUCUUCACAAGUAUGACAAUGUUUAAUCUCUGAACUUUGAUUUGUUGACUUUCCUCAGUAUGAAUGAGGAACAUCGCUGCUGCUGAAAAACUGUUGCCAGUGGUAGACUGUGGUACAAGGGUGGUUUUGUGUUCACCUGGAAUCUUCAUUUAAUCUCUGAUUAUGUAGAAAGGAAACAGUUAUAGGGCUAUGUAGUAGAAACAAUACCACACAUUAUAACCAAGUUAUACUGUGUAUGCCUAUACCACCAUCGUAAGUUUUUAAAAACA